AUGGCUUCUCGCAAUGUUCUCAAGGUUUCCGCCUUGCACUACAAGGACCCUAAUAAGACAGACGAGGAGUUUGAAAAGUGGUUCCAUGAGGAUUUGAACCCAAAAUGGGUGAAGCUCAUCAAGAAACACGAGGUGUUGAAAUACGCAGUGGUCAGUGUGGCAUAUCCCUUUAUUGGUCGACUGCUCAAAAACCUUCUGCCCUUCUGA